AUGUUGGCAUCGGACGCAAACAAAUGGGCCAUGAGAGUGAAAUUUCCAUAUAAUGGUGACAAAGUCAAUGGGAUGGAAGGAAGGAAUGUCUUUAAAUUUAAGGAGCAACAAAAGAGAAAAUUCUCGUCCUUUCAUGAAGUUAUGGGACCAAUUUUAACAGUCAGUCAACUAUUUGGAUAUCUGCCAUCAUGUGGAGUUCUUGAAAGGAAUUGCAAUAAUGUUUACUUUAAGUGGACAUCAAUUCGAGUAAUUUAUACAAUCUUAUUCCUAUGUCUCGGAACAUUUGAAGUGAUAUUGAUGAUAAUCAAGGCUGUACAGGAUGGAAUCAGCCUGACGGAUGUUGAAGUAAUCAUGUUUUAUGGAUUUGCUGUAGCACGAGCAUACACAUUCCUCUAUUUAGCCACAAAGUGGAAAGAAAUUGUUGUCUUUUGGUACGACAAGGAGCGUCCCUUUCUCAAUGAGCCGUACACAAUGAGUCGCUUUAAUUUGUCAAUCAAGGUCUAUCUUAUUGGAUUUGUUUUCUUCAUUUUCUACUUGACUGAACAUUUAACGUUCAUCGGAGUGGAACUACAUGAUAACAACUAUCAGUUGACAUAUUGCAAUGUUACAAGUAUAUCCUUCUUAAACAACUACAUGAGACGAGAAAGACCUCAUUUAAUCGACAUCCUGCCAUAUCAUUGGUGGAUCUUUCCAUUUUUUCAAUGGACCAUAACAUUGAUGGCAUUCGGAUGGAAUUUUGUUGAUUAUUUCAUUAUAAGCAUCAGUCUCGGCUUAUCGACACGUUUCAAUCAGCUGAAUAGACGUUUAAUACAUGCAACAUCAAAUCAAAUGAGCCGUAAAUUUUGGCUCGACAUACGCGUGCAUUAUACAAAUCUUGUUGAUUUAUUACAUUUUAUUGAUAGGAAAAUUGCUCUGUUGAUACUCAUUAGUAUGUUGCAGAAGCUGUUUCUCAUCGCUACGAAAGUUUUUGAGGCUAUUAGAUAUGCAGAUCGACCGUUCCUGAUAAACCACAUUUACUUUUACUUUUAUCUCUUUUUUAUGGUUUUUCGGACACUAAUGAUGCUCUCCACAUGCUCGAAUAUUCAUAUUGAGGCACAAAAGCCAUUGAUUUCGAUUAGAAAUGCACCAGUAAGAUGUUGGGGUGAUGAUAUUAAGAGAUUAUCGGAUUUAAUUUCAUUCGAGAAUAUUUCAUUGACUGGAUGUGGAUUUUUUCUCAUCACCAGGCAAUUGAUUUUAACUAUGACAGGAACAAUCGUGACAUUUGAGUUGGUCUUACUAGACAGAGGAACUCGAGGCGACAACAGCACAUGGUGUUCAUAUUUUGAGAACAUGACUUUGUCAUAAAUUCAUCAAAUGGCAUUUAGAAAAAAAAACAGUUUUGUCGCGUCAUUCAGUUUAAUUAUAAUCCACUUGUCUGCAUUUCUUCUAUGACACUGUGACUUAUUAUAGCU